AUGGAGACCAGCACUAAACGUCAAGGCUUUGAAUGCUUUCCUGAAGAGGAAAAGGUUCAGGAUGGAAGGUUUAACAGACCUCCCAGGCCUAUUGCAGAAAAAUGUCUUCUGCAUAAAAUUAGACCUCAAAGAUACUUUCCAUUCAGUUCCUAUCGCUAUGAAACACAGGUGCUUUCUCAGAUUCCGCUGGAAGGAACAGAUACAUCACUGGACUGUAAUGGUGUUUGGCCUAUCCAACGCACCUUAUACAUUAUCCAGGAUAAUGAAAGCUAUUAUAUCCCACAUCAGGCAAAGAAGAUUUCUAUGCCUUUAUUACUUAGACGACAUCCUGUUGUUGAAUCCAGAGGUAGAUACUCUCGUUCAGCAGAGAGAUUACCUAAUUUCCUUAUUACACGACCUAAUGUUUAUUGUAAAUCUGCACAAAUCCAUACUAGUCCCUACUCAGAAUAUCCUUUUUCUGGGUUUCAUGCUGAACACUAUGGAUAUGACCUUGGGUGUUCCCCGAGACAAACGGGGAAAAAUCCUAGCUCAGAUAACUUAAAACACAGAUGGUCCCUAAGAGAAUCAGGGAUUGGAUACUGUCCGCUAUGUCUGCAGCGGGUAUUGAUGUCUCGGAUUUUAAGGGUCAUUCUAUCAGAGGGGCCUCAGCUUCAAAAGCAGCAGCGAGAGGCCUUCCUCUUCCCAUUAUCCUUAAAGCUGAAAGAUGGUCUUCCAGAAAAACUUUUGUUAAGUUUUACUGGAGGCCAACUGAAGUGGAACGUUAACAGUUCCUUAGGACCACCACCAGGUGCGUGCUAUUCAACCCACUAGCUUUGCUAGGUGGUUAUGCCUCACAGAGGGAAAAACUAGCGUUUGCAGGAAUCGAUGACCUGCAAACUUUCUUUGUCCUAGGGAUAAGCAUAACCACCUAGCAAAGCGCCCAUCCCUUCCUCCCCAUGUUUAUUUAUAUUGCGUGGUGGUGGCAGGGUAUUUCUCUGGUUUGGGAAUCUUCUAAUUAACCCCUUAAGGACACAUGAUGGAAAUAUUCCGUCAUGAUUCCCUUUUAUUCCAGAAGUUGUGUCCUUAAGGGGUUAAAGUAAUUUUGUGUGUUUGUUUUCUUUUUCACUUAUAUUUAUUCUCUUUAUCUUUACAGAUUACAACCGGCUACCUAGACACGAUCACCAAGCCAAGGACCCUCCUAAAUAG